GUGAUCGAGAUGGAGUUGAAGCAGGAGUCGACUAUCCCGCGGAUCUUUGAACUCACGCGAUUUCUAGUAACCUCCGUGACGUUUCUGGCCAAUAUUCCAACGUGUUAGGAUCUUUCUGGACGACACUGAGUUGUCUCGCUUGACCAAAACUCGGAAUAAAGCCAGUCAGUCAAUAGCCAUUUCGGAGCAUAUGUCCAGAAAAAGUCGGAAUGGAACCAUGAGCAUUGAUUCUGUUGAACUGAUCUCCCAGGAGGUCAAAGUGAUAUUCUUUGACGAUGCACUCGUUGGUGGUCCAAAGCCGCCUGUCGCACGUACGGAACCUGAAGGUGGAAAUCCGACGAAAUCCAAGAGUUUCUUCUCAACGGAGAAAAUGUCGAAAUCGAAUGGAAGAAUGGCAGCUUCAAAAAUUGCAGCAGCUGCUUCUCAAGCCCCGAGCUUCAAAUCUAGUGCCCAACUCUCUGCAAAAUGUUCCAUUUACUCUGCGAAAGUUACCGUUUCAGCGAAAUCGAGCUUGGAGAAAGGUUUAGAAUCCGCAACGAAGAAAAAGCCUCCCAAAGAUUUCCCAUUUGAAAUGGUUUUCUUCAGUAAGGACGAGCACGAUAAGCAGUCGCAAGACGAAGAAGACGGUAACGGAAGCGUCUUCCGUGGUCCUCAAGGACUUUGUCCGCGAUUGGAAGCAGAACACCCUGCUCGAAUCUUCAUCGGGCAAAGUACGGCUCAAACGACAGGCAUGGCUUGCCACAUGUCUGGCCGUUUUAUUCCAACUGUGGAACGAGGCUCGAUUGAUCUUGCCAAUGGUCAUGUCUCCAAAUGGAAUGACGAGCUCCUUUAUGUUGGAGGCUUUUUGGCGAGGGUGGCUUAUGAUUCCGAGAUGAACAAAAUAAAGGAUUUGUGGCCGACGUUGCAGAAACAAGAUGCGGAACAACUGGCACUGUAUACGAUGAAGUCCUUCGUCUUCCAUCCCUCUACGCCCGACCCGAAGGUGUCCCAAAUUAUCAAGAAUGCAUUCUACGCUUGCUCGACAACAGAUCAAUUCCCGUUCAUAUCUGAUCAAGGUAUUCGGUACACGAAGGACAUCCGUUUGUACCAUCAUCACUUCGCUCAGUUCAUGCGCACCCCAGUAUUCCCAAACGAACUGCGUCCCAUAUCAGUAUCCAUGGCGCUUCCUGACCAUCUCCGGGUCGGAUCGUACACGUUCAAAGACGUCGUGAAAGAACUGAAUUCGCGGUGGCUGAGUGAGCUGGAGAUGGCAGCUUGCUUGCGUUGGUGGAGCAAUUCAUUUGGAAGCCUGGGUCCUUUAGACGAACAGCAUAGAAAAUGGCGGAACGAACUGCUCAAAGCAGGCAGAACACACUCCGGGGGGAAGGAAGUCAGACUUAUCUCCAUCAGCAAAUUUAUCGAUGGACGAAUGCAGAGUGUUCGCCGUUCCGAUGACCCUUUGCCAGACGACACCAUACCUCCAGCACUUAUCCAAGGCCUGACUUCCCUUACGAUUCCAGAGGCUUUUGGAUGGCAAGAGAUGUCAGUCAUACACUGGCUUCGACACCUCAGUAACAGUCCGCCAGACGCAGCGCACGAUAUCACGCGAGCGCCCAGUUUCGCGCAACACGUCCUCAACGUCAUCAGUACCCUUUGGACUUCACUAGAUGAGAAUAGUCGUUCCGAGGUUCGGGAGAUUUUGGAGGUUAUGACUUGCAUACCCACGACCACCGUACCUUACAUGAUGCGACCUCAGGAGGCGUAUUUUCCUGAAGCUGAUGUUUUUCGCGACCUUCCCGUCGUUAGACAAGACCUCCUCUUGGAUUUCCGCACAGAGCAGGUAUUGCAAUAUCUAGGGGUGCAGAAACGGUGCGACAUCGAGACAUUUAUAUCCAAGGCGAUGAGCGGUGAUAGAUGGAACGCCAUAGACCUGGCGAGGUAUCUUAUUACAUCUGCUCAGGAACAUGUGAAUCGCGUCAUGGAUAUGAGGAUCUUUCCUUGCAAUGAUGGUGAAAGACGUCAUAUCAGCGAGCUCUUCGCAUCCACAGAAAUCAAUCGGACACUCAAACUGCCUGUAAUCAAUUGCGAAUACUGGGAUUCAAACACCCAGGAAGGACUAUUCCUCAUUAGAAAAGGGUUGCAGGAUUACCCUACAAUAGAACAACUCAUCCCUAUCGCAUCUUCCAAGGACGAUCGUGCCGUUAGACAUGCUGCAUUCACGUUUCUUUGCGGACCAUUGUAUGAAACAUUCCUUGAAAAGCAAUUCGAUCCGUCAAAGUUCUCUGCGUACCCCUUCAUCCCCGGUGUCAGAGACGGGAGACUUUGUCAAAUCCCCCAUGGCGAGGUGUUCUCGGACCCAAACUGGAAUGUGUUUGGCUUUGGUCAUUUGCCCGACCAGUUCAACAAGAAGAACAUUGCAAAGCUGAAGAUUCGAGAUCGCCCCACCGCUGAAAAGCUAUUUCAAGUUCUUGAAUCGACCCCGCCGAAAGACCCGGAAACCGCAGAGAGGUGGUUCAGGUUUCUUGCUGAGAAAGGAGUUUUCUCAGCAGGGGAAUUCGAAAGAAUUGCAGACCUCAAAAUUGUGCCCGUGGAGGUAACUUCCGAGCAUUCACAACUCAGCAAAAUCUCCUAUGAGGCAGUGUCGCCUCGCGAGUGCUUCCUAAAGUCAGAUUCAUACCCCGAUGGCCACUUCUACCAGCAGCUGUUCAAGUUUGUCGACUUUGGGCGUAGCGCCAAUGCUUUCUUGAAAGCCUGUGGUGUCAAGGAACGCCCUGAAUGCAUCGAUGUUCUUAAAGUUCUCCUGAGAUGUCCAAAAACGUUCCUUAAACUGGCUGGGGACGAUCAUGAGAGAUACUUGACCGAGCUGCGCCUGAUUGCGGUCGGUCACAAGUCUCUUCCUCGAAAGAUCCACGAAGAAAUGCGUACUGCCUCAAUUUUCUUGGGAUAUCGACGAAGUAAAAGCCGCGACGGGUUCAGCCAUGAAGCAGACGAGUUUGAACUCUGCAAAGCCGAUGAAGUAUUGGUCGCCGACGACAUGGAAAGUCGUCGCACCUUUGGCGACUGCAUUUUCAUCGCCCCCCAGGAGGAGCUGUUAGAAAAGUUUUACUCUGAAAUGAAAGUCAAGUCGCUGAGCUCUUGCAUCAAAUAUACUGUGGAACCAGACAAAGAGUUGUUGAACGCACAGAGCGCCCGUGACCUUCGAAAGUCUAUCAUCGACAAGAUACCUAUUUUCCUCCAUGAGUUUGACGAGCCACGCUUUAGAGAUGGGAUGCGCCUGUUACGGUGGCAUGACGAGAAUCAAUUCUUCGUGCGAGCUUGCCGAAGGCUUGAUGUCACGAAACGAUUAGACUUCCCAAAUGCGACUCUUGGACCUCAGGGACAGAAAGCGCACCCUACCGAACUCUCUGCUGAGACCCAAUUCAAAGAUAGCGUGAAUGUGCUGUGGAUCAAGGAGCCGAAGGCUGACAGUUACGAUAUCGCGGCAGCUCUGUGUCGUCUGCUGUUCUCUACGUAUAAAAAGAAUGAUGUCCUGUCUCUUAUGACUAUCUUGGACACAGACAUUAACGUCCUCAAGCGCCGUGGUUACGAUGUCGAUAGAAUUCUCUCGGAGUAUCGCGAGAACCUAGAAAAGGCUGAACAUGGAGAAAACCCUUCCAAUGGGACGCCACCCGGACCUGUCCAAGCUCCCUCCCCAGAUGCACCCCCGGAGGACGAACCAGCCUGUGACAAACCGGAGCCUGUCGUCAGCAAAUUUACGAAGUUUUUGCAUAGGCUUCGCAAAGACCCCAAGUUGGGCGAGAUCAAGCUCAGUGAGAUAGAAAACUCUAUCGAGAAGGUGAAGAACAUCAUGAAGGAAGAGGGCGGCGAUAACGACCCGCACAUUAGCAAUCGGGAGCAGGUCGGUGGAGGGAAGAAGCAGAAAAACGUCGCAUACUGCGAUGAGAAGAAAGUUGCAAAGACGGAUCUCGAAGAAUGUGAGGACCAACACGUUGGGCAGGUCAAAGUUUGGAAACGAAAGGGGACAGUCUUGGGUGUUCCCUCAAAGGAACGCGAAGCCUUUGGGAAAAUCAUUAGUGACCUCGCAAAAGUCUUUUCGAUCAAUCAGACACGGUGUCACGUAUUCUUUCACGGCGAGGACUCGAAUCUGAUGGGUUUCAACCGGAAUGAUCAGAUAUUUUUCGGUUUGGAACACUAUAUGCAGAACCACAAAGAUGCUCCUGCCGGAAAGGCUUACAUUGACUGGUAUUAUAUCAUGGCGCACGAGAUGGCACAUGUGCACACCCCAUACCACGACGAGCAUCACGAGCUGUUGUUUCAAGCGCUGGCGACGAGAUACCUGACUGAGCUCCAUAAUUUGCCAGCUGUUCGAGAGUUGUUCAAGUGCACUUCUUAUUGAUAAUAUUAAUGCAGUACUGUCUUUCUAGCGGGUAUUCUGGAGCAUAAUGUAUUGGACCUUAGUACCUACGAGUGCUCAAUUAUCGUUUUCUGCUGUUGGAUUUUACUGUAACAUUUGACCUUCUUUCCCAAUUCGUGUUGCCGCCUGACGCGUGCUCGUCCG